UUUACAAAUUAUUACCAUUUAUACUUACCUGGAGUUCAUUAUUGUUCAGAAGUACUGACUGACCUCACCAAUACAUUGCUAAACAGGAGCAUGUGGCAAGAAGUACUUUGUUUGAUGGAAGCUGGGUCUGUUGUUAAAAUACUGCCUUCUGUUGAGACACUCAUCAAAUUGUUUGAUCACAUUGCAUCUGCAGGCUUAAGCAAGACAAUACCAGUUUUAGUGGAGAUGCUAUGUAAGCUUUUGGAAGCUGGCACGGUUUUUACACCUGAACACUGCAACCGUGUAAUAAAGAUAUUGAACCAACUACAUGCAACACAGACAGACAUCAACAUUGUAUUAGCCAUGCUAUCAAGAUUUGACACAAAACAAUCCAUAAAGAAUUACCUUUGUGACUUGGAUUUAGCAAUUGCAGAAAUCGAGCAUUGUAAAGAAAAGAAUGAGUGGGUCAAACUUGGAACUUUGUAUCUUAAUAGCCGCAAAGGAUCUGAAAAUUUAACUGAUCUUAAGAAAGUUUCAAGUUGUAUUGCAAAAGCUCUCAUGAAAGAUUUAAAGGAAGACCAACUAGAAACACCAUACUGUAAAUUCACCCAUGCAGUUCAAGCAGAGUCUCAACUUAAUGAAGUGGACAGAAAUAUUCUUGGAAGUAUUGGAAUCUCAGUUUUGUAUAAUUACUACCGAAAUGAGCUUUGGGAAAAGGGAAAGCUGGUGUUGAACAGGCUUCGCAAGAUGCAGAUUCCAUUUACAGUACUAAAAGGACUCAUUGGUAAAGAACCUCUAGCAUCGCGCUGCCAGGUGGUUAACAUUGCAGCAGAAAUCUAUCUAAAGUGUAGAAACCUACAAAGUGCAUUGUGGGUGCUAAAAGAGUCUGAAUGGAUAAUAAAUACCUCAAUAUGGCCCUGUGACCGAAUGGAUGUGCUCAACCGCCAUAAUCUGCUGUGUACAAUUGCUAAUGAAACACUAUCUAAGAGUAUGUUUCUUGUUUGUUUUGAGGUCCUUCAAAAUUUGCCGGGAUUGCAAGACUCUGAAUCUGUUGUGGACGUCUGUCAAUAUGGGAACAUUUUCAAUAGCCUUCUAAGCUCCUGCAUUGAAAACAAGAGCCUUGCUAUAUCCUCCUCUGUGUCAGAUUUCAUGGCCUCAAAGAAAAUACCAAUUGACUUCUCGUUGCUAAGAAUGUUAAUUACUGUCUUGGGUCAAAGCUGUUUAUGGCUGAGAGCAAGGAUACAUUAUAAGUGUGCACUAUCUUUGGGAUGCUACCCUCCGCUGGAAGGAAAUCUGUACCGUAAAAUACUUAACAUCCCUUCUUGCAUGUCCGAAGUAGAAAUGCUCUUAGCUAUUGAAAUUUUCAUGGUCACUCAUGCUAGUAGCAUUCAAUCGCCUGGUGGAUCCAACCAGACUCUACAAAUUAUUCUAAAAAGAAAUGAGGAGAACAUGCUUUGUGAUGAGAUCUAUCAGUCAGCAGCACGCAGGCUCAUACAAGCUUCUAGACUCUCAGCUCCCAGACUGUUCCUCAAGCACAUGACUGUAAACAAAACUAACGAUCAGGUGUAUUCCCUAGAACACAGCUCUUCAGUGAAGUGGCUGAGUGAGAAUAUGAAAUGGGCAGGGAAAGUCUGGCUUUUUCGCUAG